AAUACAUAACCUCACUUCCAAAAGAAAAUUGUCAACAUUUUUUUUUAGAUAAAUCUUUUUUCCGGAUGUUUCCAGCAAAAAGAACAAUUUCCAGGAAAUGACUAACUCUGGAAUAUUCUUCACAUCGCUCCUUGGUGGCGGAGUAGCCGGAACGGUUGUUGAUGUUGUCCUGUUUCCAGUGGAUACAAUAAAAACCCGCCUCCAGAGCGAGAGGGGCUUCUGGAAGUCCGGAGGAUUAUCCAAGAUCUACAAAGGUUUCCUCCCAGCUGCUGCCGGGAGUGCCCCGUGUGCGGCGCUCUUCUUCUGCACAUAUGAAUGUUCCAAGUCUCUCCUGGCAUCCCAGGAAGUCCUUAAAAUCCCAUCUCCGGUUGUGCAUAUGGUUUCUGCGAGUCUUGGGGAAGUGGCAGCAUGUCUUAUCAGGGUACCCGUUGAGAUUGCCAAACAGCGUCGACAGGACUUGACGCAGGGCAACAUAUCAGCAAUUAGUAUCCUCCGGAGUGCACUGCGGAAUGAAGGAAUCAUCCGAGGACUCUAUCGUGGCUUCGGUACAACCCUCUCGAGGGAGAUUCCCUUCUCACUGAUCCAAUUCCCACUGUGGGAGUACUUUAAAGCCACCUGGAGUGAACAUUCCGGUGAACCAUUGGCUAGCUCCCAAGUAGCUCUCUGUGGAGCACUUGCAGGAGGAAUUGCUGGUGGGAUAACGACUCCCUUUGACGUGGCAAAGACGCGAAUAAUGCUUGCGGAUCAGAGUGAAGCACAGAAGAAUACAAUAAUGGGGGUUCUAAGACGAAUUUACAUCAAAGAAGGAUUUUCUGGACUCUGUGCUGGCUUCAUUCCACGUGUUAUGUGGAUCUCAAUUGGUGGAACAAUCUUUUUUGGAAUGUACGAUCUUGUCACGAGCACAAUAUCUGCCUCAAAAUUCUUCUCAGAUGAUCCAUGAACCAAAGAUCAAAGCUUUUAGCUAGAAUUUAUUAGUUCUAGGUGUAGUUAUAUUUUAUGUAAAAUUAAAUGAUAAUUUUAAUUUAAAGAAUUAAAUGAAAAAAAUAUUAUUUACAUAAA